AUGCCCCCACCAUCUCAAGCUGUGACUGAUUCAAUGAAGCAAAAGAGUAACAGUACCUCGGGUCGGUCUCCCAAUCAUUACUCCACCUCCUCCACCUCCACCUCCACCUCCUCACCCUCCUAUGGAGCCACUCCUGGAUCCCCACUCUCCCCAAGAUCCCUACCGUGGAACAUUGCUAAGCGAACAGUAGUGAAUGGACAGCUUACCACUAAACGGAUUACCCUCGCUGAACGCGCGGGUGCCGGCGGGAGGAGCGCGGUUCCCACUUCGACGACGAAGUCGGCACACGCCAGGAGUGUGAGCACUGGCAUCGGGAGAUCGACUUCGACCGCAGCGAGCACCUUCUCGAAAAGUGUUGGGGGGAGGCCGAACUCGUCUCUGGGGAUGUCCAAAGGUUCCGCCAUUCCUACUGGUGCUAGACCGGCAAGUGCCCAAGGCUUCCGACAUCCCGGCGGUGGGGAGAGUGCAUCGGAGAAUGGAGCCAAGUCUGCCGUGAAGAGAAAACGUAAGCUCGGCGUGCAUUGGCCCGGAUUUCUAUUUGGUUGUUUACCUUGCUGACGGGGGUGUAGAUACCGAUAUCAAAGGGAGACUUGAGGAUACCGAAGCCGCAAUUGCCGAGAUGCGAGAGAUCCAGGCCCAGGAGCGUAUCGAGACCAUGUCCCUUAAAGAACAGCUCGAGGACCAUAAACUGAGAGGUGAAGAAGAGCCUCCGAAGGGAAUUAGCAGGGAAGUAUACACUAACGGUGGUGAUACAGCAUAUCAACUUGAAACAACCCGUGUGACCCUGGAGACCCAGAACACCCAAGCUCAAUUCGAACUGGAGUCUUACCAGAAGAGGACCGCCGAGCUGGAGAGGAUCUUGGGCGACGAGCGGAGGGCUCGCGCGGCCGAGAGAGAUGAUGCCUCAAAGAGACUACGGGAUGAAACCGACGAGAUUAGACGUAGACUUAGAGAUGAGAUGGAUGGAAUCGUCCGGUCGCACAGGGAAGCGCUGGAGACUUUGGAGAGAAGGGCCCGGAAUGACCUGGAGGAUGAAAAGUCCGCUCGGGCGAGGGAGGUGCAGGAGAUGAAGAUGCAAGCUGCGAUGGAAAAGCAGAGGAUGGAACUGGAGAUGGAUGGGAGCGGACGUGACCUCAGGACACUGAAGACAGAGCUCGAGACAGCCAGGAUGGAGCUCGAAAAUGGCAGGAGCGAGCUCCAGAGGGAGAAGGCCAUGUCGGCUAGUUUACGGGAUAGCUUGUCCGAGCAGUCUGGAGCCACUCUCACGCUCGAGUCUUCGUCGCGUGCUCUUCGGGCUCGUGUGGAGGCUCUCGAAAGCGAUGGGAGGACUCAGGCCAACAGUUAUGCCGAAUUGGAAGAGAAGCUCCGACAGUCGUAUGAGGAGGCGAGAAUUGCUCAGGAGAAGCUGAGAGCCGAGGAGACCUUGAGACGGAAGUUGCAUAACCAGGUCCAAGAGCUCAAGGGGAAUAUCAGGGUGUUUUGCCGUGUACGACCGACACUUCCUUCUGAGUCGGAGACGCCUGCAGAUAUCAGGUUCCCAAAUGCUGGUGGAGAGAAUAGGGAGAUUGAAGUAAUGGGGGCCACUGAAAAGAGCGCAAUGGGCAAUGUCGUCACCAAGAACUAUCCCUUCCAAUUUGACAAAGUUUUCGGACCUGCAACCCAUAAUCCGGACGUUUUCGAGGAGAUUUCGCAGUUGGUGCAGAGUGCUCUUGAUGGGUAUAAUGUCUGCAUUUUCUGCUAUGGCCAAACUGGCUCGGGAAAGACGUUAGUGCUCUUCCUGGCACAUGAAUCCCAAUAUCCCCCUUGCUAACGAGUGGAUAGAUAUACCAUGUCCUCGGAAGACGGCAUGAUUCCCCGCGCCGUGCACCAGAUCUAUGCAACGGCAAAAGAACUGGAGGAGAAGGGCUGGAGCUACAAGAUGGAAGGCAGCUUUGUGGAAGUCUACAACGAGAAUAUCAACGAUCUCCUCGGACAAGCCGACGACUUUGACAAGAAGAAGCACGAAAUCCGACACGAUCCCAAAGAAUUGAAAACCACAAUAACGGACAUCAACACGGUCACGCUGGACAAUCCUGCAAAGGUCGAAUCGAUCCUCCGCCGCGCCUCGCAGACACGCUCCGUAGCCGCUACGAAGGCGAAUGAACGCUCCUCCAGGUCGCACAGCGUGUUCAUACUGAAGCUUAUCGGGCUCAACUCUGUCACUGGCGAACGCAGCGAAGGGACUCUGAACCUGGUGGAUCUAGCCGGCAGCGAGCGAUUGUCGCACAGUCAGAGCACAGGAGAAAGGCUUAAAGAGACGCAGAACAUCAAUCGAAGCUUGAGCUGUCUCGGGGACGUUAUCGCCGCGCUGGGCAAUGGGAAGGAGAACUCGCAUAUUCCUUAUAGAAACUCUAAAGUAACCCCCCCUCCGGCAAGUUCUGGCAGGAUAUAGAGCUGACACUGUGGCACGAUAGCUCACAUACCUCCUCCAAUACUCCCUCGGCGGCAACUCAAAGUGCCUCAUGUUCGUCAUGGUCUCGCCCAUGCAAGCGCACCUGAACGAGACGCUCACGUCGUUAAAGUUUGCCACGAAGGUGAAUAACACAUCCAUCGGCACGGCGAAGAGACAGGCCAAGGUUACCGGGUGAUGUCCAACAAUGACAAAGCCAUGAGGAAUAAAUAUUUCGCCUUUUUUUUUGUUUCCUUUUCCGCUCUGCUCUUGGCGAUAUUUUCGAAUUUGGGUUCUCUAGGGGGGUUUUUUUUUAAACACUACUCUUUCCACUUUGUUGCUCUUGCGUUUGCUGGUUCCUGUGCUGUUAUUUCUGUCUCUGGGAGAGGAUGUGGAUUGGCUUUGGCUAGGCUAAUCUACGUUUGUUAGUUAUCUUAUGCAGUGGUGUGUGUGGUGUUUUCUUUUUCUUUUUUCUUUUUCAUUUUUACCCUUAUUUUCCUAAUUCUUCCUUAUUCCUCUCUCCUCUCCUCCAUUUACCUUCCAUUCCCUUUCCUUCCCCAAUGCCCUUGAUAUCCCUUUUUCCCUUGCCCUCCUCGUAUCGUAUCGUACCAUAUCGUAGCUACCGGAGCGUGCCCAGACUCAUCAGUAAUGCCAAGUCGAGGGUUUGUACAGUACAGGAUUUCCUCCUUUCCCACUUUACUUAUUAUUUCGUAUUACUAAAUCUUUACAAUGAUACCUCGGGUGGAAGUGUUUUGUUUGGGGGGGGGGGGGGUUGUAUCUUUCCGCUGGACUUUGACGAUUGUCGCGAAGUGGGAUGGUUCUCAUUGGUUAUGUCCUGUUUGCUUGUUUAUAUGUUUGUAUGUUUGGCGAUGCCUGUGUGAAUGUUUGUUAGACCCAGGCGUUAGCAUUUCGUUUCGUUUUUCUUUUUUCUUCCUUUGGUAGUUAGUGGUAUUAUAAUGAUAUCAUGACGGGUUCCCCCUCCCUCCUCCUUUUUUUUGUAAGUAGUGUACGCUUCCUGCGAUGGUGAUGCUGUGCAUCUAGAUUAAUACUAUAGUGUGUGGUGGUGGUGGUGGUGGUGGUGGUGCUGUUGGAAUACGGCACUGAUUUUUAUCUUAUCCCAGCCAUAUAUUAUAAUAUGAUACCAUCAUAUUAUAAUAUUAUGUUGUGUGCAUCCAUCCACCCAGGCACAAUAGUACGAUAUAGGUAGGAAUAAGAGAUAAAGAUUUAAACAUCAUCCCUCUCCCACGUCCCAUCCGCCAGCUUGCCCUGCAUCUUUCGCAUCCCAGGUAAUUUGUAAGUCUCCACCAAGCCUGCUCCCUUCUCCUCCUCGGGAAAUCCCAGCUGUCUCCUGAGCUCACCAACUGCCAUCCUCACCUCCCACGUGGUGCGAAUCCUCAACUCCACCGCUUUAUCCGCAUGUCUAAGUUUCUCCCUAUCGCCACCACAAUCCCGUACAACCUCCUUCCACUCCCUUCUCAAACCCUCCCACCUGCUCCCAUCGACCGGAUCGCCAAAGCAAACCCGGACCCUCUUCCCAACCCUCGGCAGAAACCUCGGCCAUCCGCGCCCCUCAUGCAUGACUUGGUCCAGCCCGGUGAUAAAUAUCGGCACCACAAGUGGGGGUACGUCUGCUUCGAGGAGUAAGCGACUAACGCCCCAGCGGAAGUAGCGCAUCUGGUAAUCGUGCUUCUGGUGCACACGACCUUCGGGGAAUACGUGCACCCAGGCGUGAUGAGGGUGGGAGAGGAGGGCGAUGGAGGUGUUUAUGGCGGGCUGGAAGGGACCGCCGAGAGGGGACUUGUGCAGACGGUAGGUUGGUAGGACUUGCCCGAGGUUGAAGUAGGUUGAGGUUAGGGCAUUGCGAAAGCAGACAUCGUGGGAGCCCAGAGAGUAGCGGAUCGAUGGAGGGUGCAGGAGGAGGGGGAGGGGGAGGGGGGCAAAGAGUAGGGGGUCAUCGAGGCUGGGCAGGGUAAUAUUGUUAGUCGAGUUUUGGCGGGGGAGGAGGGGGGGUGGUACAUGCUAAUAUGAUUAGAGACUUUAGUUCGAGUUAGUAAUACUCUCGAUUGGUGGGCGACGAAGAAGCAGAGGUGAAAGUGAGGGAAGAAGGAAUGAGCGACAGGGUGGGAAUGCUAUGAUGGAGGGAGAAUUACCCGUAACCAGCCCUUGCCUCCUCCCCGAAACCUCCCGUCGACUUCUUAACAACUCCAGGAAUUUUUCCAGACCUUCGUACUCGACAGUCUGUGUAGUGCACAGGAAUAAUCUCGACAGUAGUACCGUUCCGGCAAUCACACCUGUCGAAGCGAUUCUUCGGAGGAGACUUCCUCCGCCAAUUUGCGUGCUUCCUCCUCCUCCACUAGCUGCCCCUCCUCCUCCGCCAUUGCUCAUGUCGUGCUUUGAGGAAGCAAUACAGAAAAGAGAUGAGGGGUGAUACUGUAAUGAAGUUCGCUAUUUCUGGAAUCUGUCCCAGGGCUACGGUACAGUAGUAAGAUGGAGGAGUUGAUCGACAGGCCGGGCAGAAGAGAGCCGGGUAACGAAAUCAGCACAGGGGCUUUUAAUGGGGCCCUGAGGUAGCCUAGCACACGGGAGGGUGAGUGGUUGGAUGGGCACAUUCACAUGUGAGAACUCAGACACACACACACCUUGGGAACAGAACACGACACACAUUUUCUCAUCCUUACUUUGAGAGUUGAUGGUGGGCUGUUGUUCAGUGUCCACUGACUUAGCACCUUCAGGCCCACCGUAUUCCUACCUACCUACUCUCAGGACAACUAUCAUCAAAUUCAACAAACAAGCAAGCAAACAAAUAAACAAGCCAUUCAGUCAGUCAGUCAUCCGUCCAACCAUUCGCAAUGGAGAAAUUCUCCCAAUAUCGUGAUCGGGGUACGCAUCCCAGAAAGCCAUCCCCCAAAACCGCCAAACUAAUCAGCACAAACCGCAGGCACCCAAAUAGCUCCCUUCCUCCCGAUAACUCCCCCCCGGAGUACUCUUCAAACC